CAAAUAUUAAUACAACUUCAUAUUCAACGGUAAUUUCACAGGCCGAUGUCUUUAAUAUUGUACAGUAUUUUAUUUCUAUAAUCUGUCUCAUAAUUGUUUUGAUCACAUUAUCAAUUAUCGUAAAUUGAAGAAAAAUGUAUGUACAAGUCGUGACCAUCGAUGGUAAAAAAAAGACGGUACUUAAUGUUUCAAAAUUAACAAAAAUUAAGGAUUUAAAAAACGAUAUUGAGCAAGAAUUUGGAAUAAAAUGGGCGCAACAAGGUUUGUUUUUUUGUGGAAAACAUCUAGAAGAUGACUGCACUUUAUACGAUUAUAGUAUUAAUAUAAAUAAUGUUAUACAGGUAAUGAUAAAAUCAAAACAAGAGGACCUAAUUAUAAAAAAUAAAGGAAAAGAAAUGAGAAAUGAUGAACCAAUGGUAGAAAAGACUAAAGAUGAAAUAAAUGUAAAAUGUAAAUAUUAUAAAGUAGGAGAUGCCAUUGACUGUACCGAUAAUGCUCUUGGAGCUUGGUUUGAAGCUUUGAUCCUUAAAAUAUUUACAAAAUUUGGAAAAUUAAUGUAUAAAGUUAAAUGGGAUUUACCUGAUUCAAAAGACGAUGAGCCUUUCGAUGUUGAUGCAACUUCUAUAAGACCUAGAGCAUGGAGAAUUUUAAAUUUCAAUCAUUUGGAUGUUGGUAAAAAAGUAAUGGUAAAUUAUAAUUUAGAAAAUUCAAGUGAAAUAGGUAAUUGGUAUGAUUUUACAAUAUUAAAAACAAAUGAAACUUUUAAAGAAUUAAUUGGUACUGUACAUAUUGGGGAUGGCACUCGAUCUGUUGAAAACUGUACAGUUAAUACAAAAUUUGAUAUAUAUAUGAUUGAAAAGCCAGUUUUACUUAUGGAAAGAGAUGAUGAUUUCAUUACUUCACAUAUACCUACAACACGAAGGAAAAUACCUUUCAAAUGCUCCAAUUGUCUUGAUAAUCCAAAAAAAAAGUGUCGAGAAUGUAGUUGUAAAAUUUGUGGCAAAAAAAAUGAUCCUCAUCUUACCUUGCUUUGUGAUGAAUGUGAUGAUGCAUAUCAUAUGGCUUGUUUAAAUCCUCCUUUAAUGGAUCUGCCAACCAAUGAUGAUUGGUAUUGUCCAGAUUGUAAAGUAAAUGCUAAUGAAAUUGUAAAAUUUGGUGAAAAAAUCAUACCGAAAAAAAAGCAUAGCAAUGUGGUUGGUAGUAACAGAGAUUGGGGAAAAGGUAUGGCUUGUGUUGGUAGAACAAAAAUUUGUACAAUUGUUCCUCUUAGUCAUAGAGGUCCCAUUCCUGGAAUAGAAGUUGGUACUUUAUGGAAAUUUAGAGUUCAAGUAUCAGAAGCUGGUGUUCAUAGACCUCAUGUUGCAGGAAUUCAUGGACGUGCAGAUGACUGUGCUUAUUCAAUUGUUUUAUCUGGAGGUUAUGAAGAUGAUCUUGAUAACGGUGAAGAAUUUUUAUAUACUGGUUCUGGUGGAAGAGAUUUGUCUGGAAAUAAAAGAACUGCAAAACAAAGUUGUGAUCAACAAUUAACUUUAAUGAAUAGGGCUCUAGCUUUAAAUUGUAAUGCUCGAGUGAAUGUAAUCGAAGGAGCUGAAGCAAUUAAUUGGAAAGCAGGUUUACCAAUCCGUGUUGUACGAAAUUUUAAACUUGCUAAACAUAGUAAAUAUGCUCCAGAAGAUGGAAAUAGAUAUGAUGGUAUUUAUAAAGUAGUAAAAUAUUGGCCUGAAAAAGGUCAAAGUGGUUUUAGAGUCUGGCGUUACUUAUUAAGAAGGGAUGAUCCUAUAUCGGCUCCAUGGACAAAGCUAGGUAAAAUUAGAAUUGCUCAGUUUGGUUUGGAAAUGAUUUAUCCCGAAGGUUACCAAGAAGCUCAAGAAAAAAAAGCAAGAUCAAAGCGCAAAUUUGAUGACAACGUUAAUUCUGUAUCUUAUGUUUCUACACAAAAAAAGCAAAAAACUGCUUUUAAAGUAAGCAAUGAAAUUACAAAUUUGAUAAUACAAGAUUCAUCAAAUGCUAAAUUAUGGAGUCAGUGUAAUGACUUUAAAUCUCAAGGCAAACAAGCAUAUUUUGAAAAAGUUUCUAUGGAAUUUUCUUGUAUUGUCUGUCAAGAUUUAGUAUUUAAACCUGUUACAACUCCAUGUGCACAUAAUAUAUGCAUAGCUUGUUUAAAGCGAAGUUUUGAAGUCAAUACUUACGCAUGUCCAAUGUGUCGUACAUCUUUAGAUAAAAGUUACAAAAUGUUAGUUAAUGAAAAACUAUCAUCAAUUUUACUUUCAAUGUUUCCAGGAUAUGACAAAACCAGAUAAUUGUAAAUUGACUUUUUAGGACAAUUACAAUUAUCCUGUUCUUUUUUGAA